UUCCCGUCUUGUCACCCUUUACUUGAAGAGCAUCACUCACCCAUCAAUCUGGACCACCAGAUGACCAGAAACGAGUCUCUGAGAUCUUUACAUCUGGAGGGCUUUGAUGUGAUCCAACCGGGCCACUGGGCGCUUAAAAACGACGGACACUCUGUCGUGCUGCAGGUUGGUGGUGGCAUGUCAGUGAGCGGUGGAGGUCUUCCAGAUGUUUACCACACUAUCCAGCUGCACUUCCACUGGGGAGGCCCGGCCACUAACGGAUCAGAGCACACGGUGGACAGACGCAGAUACCCGAUGGAGAUGCACAUAGUCAACAUGAAGUCCAUCCAUCCGAAUCUGACAGAGGCCUUGGGUGAUCCAACAGGACUUGCUGUUCUUGGAUUCUUCAUUGAUGUUGUUUACGCAGACCAUGUGCACUUUGGACUCUUAUCUCAAAAGCUGUCCUCUGUCGCUUAUAAAGGCCAAACUACUAAAAUCGAGCCAUUCCCACUGAUGAACCUUCUGCCAAAGCACAACAUGAGUCAGUAUUACCGGUAUUACGGCAGCCUCACCACCCCUCCAUGUUCUCAAGCGGUUGUAUGGACUCUGUAUGAAGUCCCCAUCUACAUCUCAUGGUCCCAACUGGCUCAGUUUACCUCACAGAUCUUCUCUACAGAGGAGGAUGCAGAGCAGGUGACACCUCUGCAGAACAACUUUAGACACAUCCACCCUACCUUCAGUCGCAUUGUCUCCGUGUCCAAAGAUGCCAAACUCCUCACAGGGACGGCCAGUCGGCCCCUCAGGUCAGCUGUGUCACUGCAUCUGCUUCAAAUCAUCUUGCUGGGAAGCCUCAUUUCUGGACUCUAACGCCACGUUAAGUCCAAAUCAUGAAACACUGCAUCAAUAAACAAAGAUGUAUUUAUCCGAAAAUGACAUUUAGAUGAUGUCCAGCAAAGAAAAAA